CAUUGUUAUUUUAUUUUCGGCUCGCGUGCGUUGUGCAUAUUUUAAAGUACAUUUUAUUCUCUGUGCUUUCCACAUUUCUUAUUUGUGUGCGAUUUGGUUUUUGUUUUCCUCUCGCAUCCAAAUGGUUUAACUUGCUGUUUGGCUGAUCUUUUGUUUAAAUUGUUUUAAUUUAAUUCUUUUCGUGGUGCCGUGCAAAUCGCUAACAGUUCGUUUAGUUAUUCCGCGCCUCGUCGUGGCCUGUUUAAUUAAAUGUGCGCGCUAACCCCAUCAAGGGAUUUUUUUUGGUUUUUUUUGUUGUUUUUUUGUUGUUGUAUCUAAGCCAGGACAUUGAAGCUGUCAAGUGUUGACUUUGUAUAACGUUUGUGCGCGGAUUUAAUUUUGCCACACACACACACACACAUACACACACACAUAUAUAUACAUUUGUAAUUAUAAUAAUUAGCACUGUUUUUAAUUAUCAUAUUGAAUUGUUUAGCCGCAAGCAGCGCUAAAGCCAACCACUACAAAAAUAAUUUUUAAAAUCACUGACAACGGGCGUGGUCAGAAUUGCAGACAGAUCGAACCACAGCCAAAUUGGGAUAAGACACGCGCCUUCAAUUACCUGUUGACGUUAACAGGCUCGUUGCUCGUAGCUGACCCAUCGGCCGAGCGGGCAUACGCAGCACUCCGGAACACCACACACACACACAGAGACACAGAGACACACAGCCACACAGCCACACACCCUCAACUACAACCACAACCACAUACGAGCAGCAACGCAAUCUCUGCGGCAACACAAUGGGCAAGAAGAACUCUAAAUUGAAGCAGGACACCAUUGAUCGUCUGACAACAGAUACAUACUUUACGGAAAAGGAAAUUCGUCAAUGGCACAAAGGUUUUCUCAAAGAUUGCCCAAAUGGUCUGCUGACUGAACAAGGAUUCAUCAAAAUUUAUAAACAAUUCUUCCCGGAUGGAGAUCCCAGUAAAUUUGCCUCUUUGGUAUUUCGGGUUUUCGAUGAGAAUAAUGAUGGAGCCAUUGAGUUUGAGGAGUUCAUACGUGCGCUUUCCAUUACAUCACGUGGAAAUCUAGAUGAAAAAUUACACUGGGCUUUCCGUCUUUAUGAUGUGGACAACGAUGGCUACAUAACUCGAGAGGAGAUGUACAACAUUGUUGAUGCCAUUUAUCAAAUGGUGGGUCAACAGCCGCAAACGGAGGAUGAAAACACACCACAGAAGCGGGUCGAUAAGAUCUUCGAUCAAAUGGAUAAGAAUCAUGAUGAUCGGCUAACCUUAGAAGAGUUUCGUGAGGGUAGUAAAGCUGAUCCACGUAUAGUGCAGGCGUUAAGUUUAGGUGGUGAUUAACCGCAAGAAUUGUAGUUGCGCCGGAAUUCGGGAUUGUCAAAGAGUCGGAAGCAUGCAGCAGAGACAACGAAUUCGUGCACAAUAAUAAAAUAUGGUUUGAUCUAAUCGUUAAGGAAA